UCGUCUACAAGAAAAAAGACGGAAAAGGACUCAAAUUCCUUCUCUUAUUUACCACCCCAUCCGAGAAAAGAGGGAAGAAAAAUCCUCCGCCGCUAAACCCUAGCUAGCUCGAACCCCGGCGAGUUCAGCGAGAGGUCGGGAUCCGCGGAGAUGCCUUCGGCUUCGUCGGCGGUGGGGAGGCUGCAGGCGGCCGCGCAGGACGCCGCCAACUCCUCCUCCUCCUCCGCGCGCUCCGCCACCGCCGCCUUCUCCGACCAGCUCCUCGUGCCCAGGGAGGCAGGCCGGAUGGUGUCUCUGUCGGCUUGCGCAAAGUUCGGCGCUGUCAGCUUUGUGGUUGGCGUCAUGGUUGGCUUCACCCUGAAUAAAAGGCUGCGCCGGUGGGCUGCCAAGCUGCUCAAGAGAAUUAAGGACGAUAACUAGCAAAGCUAGUGCAUUUAAUCUUGAAAGAAAUUUUGUUGGCAAGUGUGCUCUAGUUACCUCUGUAGUAACCCCAAGUUGAACCUCAUUGACUGCUUGGAUCAACUGUGAUGGAUACAACAUAGUCGUUUGUAAGCUGUAUUGCAAAAUUCUCUUCUGGGGAUCUUUAUUACUGGUGCAGAUUCUGCAGUACAUCUCUCGUUGACCUGGUGCCGUUGUGUUGAGACUGGCUUUCAUUGCUGGUUGAUGAAAAUGAUGAGCUAAUGUUGUUUGGUUAAAUAA